ACUGUUGAUGAGGUUACAGCAUGACAGCCAGGUUCAGGCUUUCCAGGUUCAGCAGACAGAUAGACGGGAAGAGGAGGUGCACAAAGAGAAGAAUAGAAUUGAAAGUUUGAAGCUCAAAGAUGAAACUUGUCAAUCUGCAGUCGCCAGUCCAGAGGUGAAAAGACGACUUCAGGAAGUUAUCCUCCAGCGGAAACGGAAAGAUGCCGCAGCAUCGAUGGGAAAUCUAAAAAUAGGUAUACCCCCUGUAUCUGGAGGGAGUACUCCACUACAAACUGCUAUCCUGAGAAAGGUUCAGUCUGAAUCCAACCUUUUGAAGAUCAAGAACAAGAGAGGAGAUAGGUCCUCAGGUCCUUACUCCAGGACAUUCAAUCACCAGCUGAGACUAGUACCAGAAUGUGCUGGAGGAAGUGAGGAUAGUACACCUUCUCCUAUAUCUUGUUCUAGUCUAACUAACCCUAACCUACUUCUCCAGUGCAAGCCUGUUCAAUCUUCUUCUCCGGACUCCUCCUCCCCCUCAUCUCCUCAGGGGGUGGGGAUCCUUGCCCAACAUUCCCUCCAGCUUGGAACGUUCCCGCCGCUCACCACCGAUCCGGGGACUCCCACAGAGGUAUGCUUUCAAUAUUUCAUGAUCCGGGGACUCCCACAGAGGUAUGCUUUCAAUAUUUCAUGA